AUGGUAGUGCACAUUCUGGGAAAAGGUUUUAAGGGAAAAGAGGUAAUCAGGAUUGCGCUAGCAUCUAAAUUUUACGGUAUUGGAUUAACCACUGCCGAAAGAAUAUGCUCCAGGUUGGGAUUCUACCCAUGGAUGAGAAUGCACCAGCUGUCUGAGGCUCAAAUUUUAAGUAUCACCAGCGAAUUAUCAAAUAUGACGAUAGAGGGUGAUGCUCGUGCAAUCGUUAAGGAGAAUAUUGCUCUUAAGAAAAGAAUUGGCUCCUAUGCCGGUAUGAGACAUGCCACAGGCCUUCCAGUGCGCGGUCAAAAGACUAGAAACAAUGCCAACACAGCAAGGAAGCUAAAUAGAAUCGACAGGAAAGGAUAUCACACAAGCGCUUGGUCAAGCAUUUUGGGGGCUUUCACAAAAACGCUGUGA